AUGAGCAACCAGACCGACUCCAAGUCGACCGGCGAAGACCCCACAAAGGUCGAGUCCUACACCGCCGACGUUAACCAUGUCUCCGAGGUAGACGAGAAGGCCAAGGCCGCCGACUUCAAGGCCGACGCCAUCGAGGCUGAGCAGGCCGAGCAAAACAUGGGAGUCCUCGAGGCCGUCAAACUGUACCCCAUGGCCUCCCUCUGGGCCUUCAUCAUGUCCACCACCAUUAUCAUGGAGUCGUACUGCGUCUUUCUCAUGGGCGCCUUCGUUGCCAUGGACGAGUUCAAGCUUCAGUUUGGCGUCCUCGACAGAGAAGGCGCUUAUCAAAUCGAGGCCUCGUGGCAGUCCGCCCUCCAGGUCGGCGGCCCCCUCGGCGCCAUCAUCGGCGUCUGCAUCGCCGGUCCCAUCACCAGCCGCAUCGGAUACCGCUGGGCCACCAUCACCGGCCUCAUGGUCCUCAACGCCUUCAUCUUCAUCUUCUACUUCGCCAACUCCCUCGCCGUCAUGUUUGUUUCCCAGCUUCUCGAGGGCAUUCCCUGGGGCAUCUUCAUUGCCAACGCCCCCGCCUACUGCUCUGAGAUCGUCCCCAUGAGGCUGAGAGCCCCCGCCACCCAGAUGCUCCAGAUGUUCUGGGCCAUUGGCGCCAUCAUCGUCGGCGGUGUCUGCUACGUCUACGAGAGCAAGAGCGACUCGAGCGCUUGGAAGGUACCUAUCGCCCUUCAAUGGAUGUUCCCCACCCCCCUCGCCGUCCUCCUGUUCAUCGCCCCCGAGUCCCCUUGGUGGCUGGUUCGCAAGGGACGCCUCGAGGAAGCCGCAAAGUCCGUCCGCCGCCUCGGCCGCUCAACGGAGCGCACGAGCAUCGACGAGUCCAUCGCCAUGAUGCGCCGUACCAUCGAGAACGAGAAGAGCGUCAAGGAGCCCAGCUACGCAGAGCUUUUCAAGGGCACUGACAGAUACCGCACCCUCAUUGUCUGCGGUGUCUACGCCGCCCAGAACCUCACCGGUAACCUCAUCGCCAAUCAGGCCGUUUACUUCUUCAGACAGGCUGGCAUCGGCUCUAACCUCGCCUUCGCCCUCGGUCUCAUCACCUCCGCCCUCCAGACCGUUUUCGUCAUGCUUUCCUGGAUCCUCACCACCUACCUCGGCCGACGCACCAUCUACGUUUGGGGCUCGCUGAUCAACGUCUGCUUCCUGAUCGCCCUCGGCAUCGCCGGUUCCGUCGGCGAAUCCAACGCCGCCUCUUUGGCCAUGGCCUCGCUGGGUCUCAUCGUCUCGGUCGGCUUCACGCUGGGACCUGCCCCCGCUUCGUGGGUCAUCAUUGCCGAGACGUCAGCCGUCCGGCUCCGUCCCCUUACCACCGGUAUCGGACGUGCGGCUUACUACAUCGUCAACAUCCCUUGCAUCUUCCUCGCAACCUACAUGCUUAACCCGACGGGCGUCAACCUCGGCGGCAGGUGUGGCUACGUCUGGGGCGCAACCGGUUUCGUUUGCUUCGUCGUGUCUUACAUCUGGUUGCCCGAGAUGAAGGGCCGGUCCUUCCGCGAGAUCGACAUCAUGUUCAAGCGACGCAUCCCAGCUCGUCAAUGGAAGAAGACCGUUAUCGACAUAAACGAUGACGAGUAG